AUGCUGCGUCUCAUCCCCAUAAUAGCAUCACUGGCAACUAGUGCCCUAUCACUCUCAAUCAAAUCCUCAAGUCCCAACUCCAAUGCCGACUCCACCCAACUCCCCCUAGUAAUCUGGCACGGCCUCGGCGACGACUUCGAGCGCAACGGCCUCGCCGCCGUAGCCGACCUCGCCAAGACCACAAACCCAGGAACAUACGUCCACAUAAUCCACCUCGACGACACGGGCAACGGUGACCGCCAAGCCACCUUCUUCGGCAACGUCACCGAGCAACUCGAAUUAGUCUGCGACCAACUAGCCACAGACCCGAUCCUCAGCACCGCGCCCGCAAUCAACGCCAUCGGCUUCUCGCAAGGCGGCCAGUUCCUCCGCGGCUACAUCGAGCGCUGUAACAAGCCACCCGUCCACAACCUCGUCACAUUCGGCAGCCAGCACAACGGCAUAAGCGAGUUCCAGUCCUGCGGCAUGGGCGACUGGUUCUGCAACGCGGCCGAGAGCCUGCUGCGCGCGGGCACGUGGGCGGACUUUGUGCAGGCGCAUGUCGUCCCCGCGCAGUACUUCCGGGACCCGAAUGAGCUGGAGGCGUAUCUGGAGCAUAGCAACUUUUUGGCGGAUAUUAAUAAUGAGCGCGCGGAGAAGAAGGAGGUGUAUAAGCGGCGGCUUUCUUCGUUGAAUAUGUUUGCUAUGUAUAUGUUUGAGAAUGAUACUGUUGCUGUGCCGAAGGAGAGUGCGCAUUUUGCGGAUGUGAAUGCGACGGAUGGGACUGUUACGCCGUUGCAUAAGAGGAAGAUUUACGAGGAGGAUUGGUUGGGCUUGAAGAUUUUGGAUCAGCAGGAUAAAUUGGAUUUUAGGACUGUCCCUGGGGAGCAUAUGCAGAUUCCUGAGGAUACUUUGGAGAAGACUUUUAAGGAGUUCUUCGGUCCUGUGAAGGAUGAUGUUAUUGUGCAGGCUGAAGAGGAGACGGUUGAGUCUCCUGGUUUGGUUGCGCAGCCUGCUUGA